AUCUGUUUAUUUAACAAUACAAUUAAGAAACGUUCGUCCCACCGAACAACUUACAAAAUCAAAACUUAUCUUUGAGGAUAUUCUCGCAGUAUCAGUUAUGACCACAGAGCGGCGACACCACACAGCUGAGAAUCAAAAAGUGAAGUUGCUGCGCACACGAAACGUUCGUUUGUCUUUAAGGAAAGUGGCAUGCUGUUUGUUUUAAAACCUCGAGCGAAGAGUGACAGUAAUUUACGAGACACAAGAGACGAGCGACAAACAUUUCGACAAAAUAUCAAGCCAAAAUGUUUCGCUGAAUACACGACUUGUUUGGAUUUGGUCACAUAAGGCCCGACAUCAUUCGGAAAACACACCAUUAUGACCCAGAAUAAAUUGGGAGAUACAAGGAGGCUUUCUAAAUUAACAGAUUAUGGCAGUGUUAACGGGGAUGGAAACUCGGAUCGAUGCCCUACCUGCCAGGGCACCGGACGCAUACCAAGAGGUCAGGAGAAUCAACUCGUGGCAGUCAUUCCUUGCAGUGAUCAAAGACUGAAACCUCACCACACGAAACUGUAUGUGUGCAUAUCAGUGGGACUUUGCCUCCUGAUCUGCUCGCUGACCCUCUUUUUCCUGUUUCCACGGAGCAUGGACAUGUCAACCGUAGAACUACAGUCAUCUAUGGUCUAUUUCACUCCAAAUACAGUUAAAAUGGUUGUCACGAACAAACUGAACAUCACCAAUCAUAACUUUGUUAGCAUUCAAACAGAGGAUCUUAAUGUGCAAGCACUGAUUUUAGAGACGGUGGUUGGCAAGAACAAGUUUAUAAAUAUCACAGGACUGCCUCCUCGAGCACAUAAGACGAUCACAGUUGUAUCAGACAUUGUUAUUGAUGACCCAGGCCUUAACAAUUACUGCAAAUCAAGUGCCAUUCGGAUUCACACCUUAUUCUUGCAUUUGCAAUUGACCAUCAAUGUCUCCUACUUGUCCCAUUCAGAACAGAUGUCUAGAGAUGCCUAUGAAUAUAUUGACUGUGGACUCAAUUCUACCAUUCCUCAUACCAUCCCUCUGCUUUGAGACAAUUGCCAAAGUUUAUCCAUGAAUGCCGAUGCCAUAACAAUCCAACAAUAUUUUGCCUGCUUUAACAGGGAUUGUAGUAUCAAAACCUUCAAGUAUAGGGUAUUGACAGUAAUAUAUGAGAUCAUACUGUAUAAACUUAAUGUCACUGGAGCUAUGAAUGUAUUCUAGAAGUUUUGUGAAAUAGUGUAUACAUUAUACAAACUUUUUAAUGCACAUCACAUUAAAAAAAUGUUUUUUA